AGAUGCUGGCUAUUGCUGUGUAGGCAGCACCUCGACAGAGCUACCUGGGCAGAAGCAAGUGAUUCUGCACCUUUAGAGCCAAGAAGCUUCUUCCCAUCAUCGCAGAGGAAAGGAGAAGACAAAGGAACUGGGGCAAAAACCAUGAAUUUUUCAAGUACAGAGUCCUUUGAAGUUGACACCUCAACCUCAUAUGAGUUCUAUGAUAAUUAUGACGAUGCUCCAAGACCCUGCAAUAAGGAGUCCGUCAGGAGGUUUGCAGCCUCCUUCCUACCUGUUCUGUAUACUCUGGUAUUCCUGGUCGGGCUCAUGGGAAACAUCCUGGUCAUUGUGGUCCUCUUCAAAUACAAGAGGUUGAAGAGCAUGACUGAUGUGUACCUGCUGAACCUCGCCAUCUCAGACUUGCUCUUUGUUGUAUCCUUGCCCUUCUGGUCUUAUUUCAUGAUAGACCAAUGGGUUUUCGGGACUUUUUGGUGUAAAAUUAUCUCAUGGAUCUACCUGGUUGGGUUUUACAGUGGGAUAUUCUUUAUUAUGCUCAUGAGCAUAGACAGAUACCUGGCUAUUGUUCGUGCAGUGUUCUCCUUGAAAGCAAGGACUGCCUUCCACGGCUCAGUUACCAGCUUUGUCGUAUGGCUUGUAGCCCUUUUGGCCUCAGUUCCAGAGCUUGUAUUCGCAGAAUCUUUCACUGAAAGGGAUUAUAUUACCUGCACAGCAAACUAUCCAGGCAAUUUCACCACAUGGAAGCUGUUUUCCACUCUGGAAAUCAACAUCUUAGGGCUCCUCAUCCCCCUUACAGUUAUGACGUUCUGCUACGCCAUGAUCAUUAAGACAUUAGGUCACUGUAGAAACGAGAAGAAGAAUAAGGCCGUGAGGAUGAUCUUUGCUGUCAUGAUUGUGUUCUUCCUCUUUUGGACCCCUUACAACAUUGUUGUGUUUUUACAACUGCUGGAAAACAUGGGAGUCCUUAGAGGAUGCCAAGUGAGCAGGAAUCUGGACUAUGCUUUCCAGGUAACAGAAAUCCUUGGCCUUUCUCACUGUUGCCUCAACCCAGUCAUCUACUUCUUCAUGGGGGAGAAGUUCAAGAAGUAUGUGAAGAUGCUGUUUAAGAACUGGUGGUUACCUGGAGACAUGUGCAAGUGGUGUAGAGUUCACAUCACCUACCACUCUGAAUCUACCAGCUCUUUCCACACACAGUCUACAGGGGAUCAAGACCCUCUGUAG